AUACCUUUCUUUCUUUCUAGCCCCAUCGGCGUUCGUGGGCUUCUUCCACUGGAAACCUAGACGACGCCCAUCCCUCCUCUCUGAUCCGCCGCCGCGGCUUCAGCCACCGUCCGUCUGUUCCAGCCUAGGCAGGGACGAACCGCAGUGAUCAAACGAGUCUUUACAACAGUGCUAAUGGAUGUGACAGACCAAGCUGAGCAGCCUUCCCAAUUGAAAGAUGAACCUGACUUUGACCCCAGUAAAAUGAUUGGCAUCAUCAAAAGGAAGGCUUUGAUAAAAGAACUGGCUGCUGCUUACCACUCCGAAUGUUUGGCCUACUGUCAGAAACUUCAACAACAUCAAAGAAGAUGGGAAGAGGAGCAGCAAUUUAUCAAAAGAAAAACUCCCCCGGAGGUUGGCCAGAGCAAGCGGACGACAAAACCUACCAAGCGUCGAAAGAAAGGGUUAUAAGAUUUUGUCUCAACUGGUUAAUGACUGGUGUUAUUUUCAGUUAAUUUUUGAAACAUUAUGAACCUACAAGAUUACAGCUUGUAUUAUAGAUACCCUGUUCGGUGA